UCUUCACCACAUUGUGAGGAACAAUCCCUCAGGAUCAUCAUCAGUGUUCAAAUACUGAAUGUUCAUCUUUGUAAUGGAUGCCUCCGCCAUAUUUAAAUGGAUAUAUGAUGCCUAUUAUGAAAUAAUCAACGUAUUUGGUGAAGAAAAGACAUUGUGGACAAAUGCGCGUUCCCGUUUCCAGCAGCGCCAUGCACGAUGUCUGGUCUCGCGCAUGACCUCACCACACCGCGUCACACACUGCCCCGUGACCGGCAUCAGCAAAUCGCAACAGAUCGCGGUGAACGAGCGCCACUCUCGUGACCGCGCACGUCGUGUUCGCUUUUAAUCGGGAGCGCGGACGUGCGCGUCCCCGCGGUGUCUUUGUGUGGCGGCGUAGAGAAGCGCAAUUACAAUAACCAUGGCCGACGAGAAACCAAAGGAGGGUGUAAAGACAGAGAACAAUGACCACAUCAACCUGAAGGUAGCAGGACAGGACGGGUCGGUGGUCCAGUUUAAAAUCAAGAGACACACACCCCUUAGCAAGCUCAUGAAGGCCUACUGUGAGAGACAGGGAUUGACGAUGAGGCAGAUUCGAUUUCGGUUUGAUGGACAGCCCAUUAAUGAAACAGACACGCCCGCACAGUUGGAAAUGGAGGAUGAAGACACAAUUGACGUUUUCCAGCAACAGACGGGAGGACUCGUCUAAAUCUGACUUUACCAACCACAAAUCCUCCUUUUCUUCCCCCUCUCUCUGUUACCCCGAAGCUCUCAUCUUGGUUAUCUGUAACUGCUGUUGUAUAGUGUUUCAGUUCAUAUUUUACUCUUUUGUUUUGUACAUAAAGAAUUCCUGCUACAGUAAUUAUUACAUUGAGAUUGUUUAUUGCCUGUAACAUCUGACAUGUCAAGCCCAGAGUUUUGGAGAAAGAUGUCAGUAGCUUUAUAAGCACUCGUUUCACAGUUCACUAUGUCAUCUGUGUAUAAACCAACUUUAAAUAUUUUACUAUAAAAAUAGAGCAAAGGUUAUACGCUGUGUGUUUGGGUUCAGAUUGUGUUCGGUAUCUGAACCCAACAUCUGGUUCAGAUAUGAACACGCACAGAGGCUUUUUCUAAGAAAACUUCUCUUCUGUUAUACGUUGAACGGACGCGUCAGUUCUUGUCCGUUAAGAUACAUUGGUUUUUUUAAUGUUUUUGUUACUGUAGUGGUCAAUUGUAGCUUGACGCUCGUCUUAAACAUGUGUUGACUUGGGUGAAUACGUGUUUUAGAUGAGUCAAACAUCUGUCUGUAUUGUCUAUAAUCUCUUGUUAAAAUAAAAUAUUCUCUUUUUAUCAAACUGUAAA